CUUCUUUUUUCUCCUUCAUUUCCAAGAAAAAAUCCCAUCAUCCCCCUCCGCCGCGUACGGUCCCUCCUGGCUUCUGUACAUGAUAAAGGAAGAGGAGAAAGAAGGGGCAGAGGGCAGCGAGUAUUCUGCGGAAAGUGAAGCCAAGAGCAGGAGCAGGACAGUUUCUUUAAGAGACGCUUUGGUGGCCACGGUUUUAACUAAAGCCGAUCUAGCCGCCACCCCCGCCGCCGUCGCCAAUGAGGUGGAGAUGGAGGUGCAGCCAGUGACGCCGUUUGGAAGAGGAGAAAGAAGGGGCAGAAGGAAGGAAGAAGACGAUAAAAGGUGCGCAUCCAUCUCAGCAAAAACAAGCCACGUCAGACGAGAGGAGGGACUUAAGAGCAGAACGUUAAAACUUAACGGAUUGAUGACAAAAAAGACCGCUGCCGCUCUGCAUGCAAUUCAAAUUUCAUGUGGAGAAGAAAACUUUAAUCAGAUAAAGAAGAUCAAUUUGGCAAUAGAAGCUUGGGAUAAGUUGAAAAAAAUAAAUAUUGAAGAGCAGAAAUCAAAAACAGAUAAUUCAGAACAUGAAGAAGGAGAAGGAGAAGAAGGAGAAGAAGAAGCAGAAGAUGAAGGAGAAGGAGAAGGAGAAGGAGGAGAAGGAGUAGAAGGAGAAGGAGGAAAAGGAGGAGAAGGAGAAGGAGUAGAAGGAGAGGGAGGAAAAGGAGUAGAAGGAGAAGGAGUAGAAGGAGAAGGAGAAGGAGAAGAAGGAGAAGGAGAAGGAGAAGAAGGAAAAGGAGAAGGAGGAGAAGGAGUAGAAGGAGAAGGAGAAGGAGAAAAAAAAGGAGAAGAAGAAGCAGAAGAUGAAGAAGAAGAUGGAGAAAAAGAUGAAGCAGGAGAAGGAGAAGGAGAAGGAGAAGGAGAAGGAGAAAAAAAAGGAGAAGAAGAAGAAGCAGAAGAUGAAGAAAAAAAUGAAGAAGAAGAAGAUGAAGAAGAAGAAGAAGAAACUCCAAAGAUUAAUUCUGCAAGUAUGAUUGUCCCUGAACUUUUAGCUAGUGACAAUUAUAAGAGAUGGAGCAUCUGUAUGAAAAGCUAUUUAGCUUCUCAAGAUCUUUGGGAUGCUGUUCUAUACAGGUGGGCGCCAGCUGGAGUUGAUACAAAGGAGUGGAUUAAAAAGGAUGCUGCUGCUCUGCAUGCAAUUCAGAUUUCAUGUGGACCAAAAAAAUUUGAUGUAAUUGAGGAGAUCAGUUCCGCCAAAACUGCUUGGGAUACCUUGAAGCAAAAACAUAUAGAAAAGCAUCCAGAAGAUGGUCCUCCCCCUGCUUUGAUUGAUUUCCUGGAAAAGAAAGUCCCCUCAAGGGGCACUUAAUGCAUUUUUUUUUUUUAAUUCUUCGUAUUAAAAGUAUCUUCAAGGCCAUGUUUGGUUAAGGUGAGAAACUUUUCCAAUUGCUUUCUCCUUAACUGGAUUUUUUAGGGCUGAUUUGAUAUGUUU